UUGGGCCCAUCUUCGUGCGCGCCCCGAAAACCACCUGAAGACCGAAUCACACGCGAACACAGCCGAACCGGGCGGCGAAGAAGUGGCAUGGCGAAGGUGCUGCUCAGCAGGAUGGCGAACGAGGUACUACCCUUCCUUCUUAGCUUUCUGGACUUUGCUUUCAGGCUCCUGGUGAUGUUUGCCCGAGCGCUCUGGCAGUCACGCCAGGAGGUGUAUCUUGCCAGAUUGGAGCUGGCCGAUGACCAAAGAGUACCACCAGCAGUUCUAGUCGACCAGGUCCCAGCGGUGCCCUGCGUCACCGCGGUCCGCCCAUCGGAGAUGUGGCCGGAUCCGCUGGAGGCGCUCUCGCAUUUGGAUGGCCUGGUGGAAGAGGUGGAUGAAGAGGAGAACCUCUCCAUUUUUGAGCUACAGACUUGGUGGAUGAGAGGCGGUUGCGCCCAGAAGUUGCAAGCCGAGCUGGAGUUGGAGAAGGUGGUGGAGAAGGUGCAAGGGCUUCUGAAACGACGUGCUCGGAUGGAUGUGAGUCUCUCCGAGGCUGGAGCUGCCAUCGCCGUCUUUGGGCCUCGCUCAGCGAUGCAGUUGGCCGCACCCCAGUUGAGAGUCGCUGGCCUCGAGGAGGAGCGACCGCGAACGCGGCCGAACACGCCGUCGACCGGCUUUUUUGGCCUGCACUGCAGCGUGCAAGAGGUCUGGGACCUCGCGAAGGAGCACUUGCUCUUCGAUGCGUUCGAGGCAGAGUGGCUGGAUUUGGCGUGUUCAACCCCGCCCAUACGGCAGUUGCUGAGGGAGCGGUUAAGAGAGGCAGUGCAAGGCACUGAGCUGCACGUCUUCAUGGAUUCCAAUCCUUGGGAGGAGACGACCUCGCAACAUGCUUGCCUCGAUUGGAUCGGCGAGCUGAACGCCGAGGCCUGGCGCCGCGCGGUGCGAAGCCUGUCGCGCUGCGCCGAGCUCGGAAUUCAGCUCUCCGCAGCGUUGAGCUGCGUCUUCUGGCUGCCAAAGGAUGCAGCCCAACACGGCAAUUCUUUGCGAGGACUUCUCGCCCCACGUCAAAUGAGCCUUGUGACGCAGGAUGAUCGCAUUGAGCUGGCCCUUGAGAUGGAUGGCUUCGAGGACUUUGCCGCCUCGAUCUCCAGAGUCCUUUCUGGACGCGGGGAGCGGGAAGCGGGUGAGGCUUGACCUCAAGCUGAGUGGAUCGAGUGGCGGGGAGGGAGUAGAUCGGGUUCAGUGUUAUUAAAUGAGUUUUUUGAAGGCAAUCCUUUUUUAGAGGGGGGGUUCAGAUAUGUUUUGAUGCUUACCCCUUACCCCUUUACAGUAACUUGGCAAAGAGAACACGGUCCUUGGACUCAUUGAUGGUUUUCCAGGGUGCUCCCUGGAUGGCUUUGACAUGUUGAACAGCCCUGUUGCUGGGGUAAGCAGAGUGUUGGGCGAUGAUCUUCCAGGAACACUGGGUCAUGGAUACAGGUUACGGGAUCAACAGAUAAACACUACUACGAGACUAGGGAUAGUUCACAUCCGGGUUUUCCUGGUGUUUGCCUAUUUACUGCAGCGCUGUCCAAAUUUGGAGUCAACAUUAUGAACACAAAAAUGAUCA